AUGGAAAUGAUCAUCAUCGAUUCUGAUAGCUCAACUGAAACAAUCUCAAAAUCCGACGAAGAAGCGGUGGAAUCCGAUGCAAAAUGUGUUAUUAACAGGAGAAAGUGUGCCGAUGGGUCGAAUAUGUCUCAGACUUUGGAGAUGGUACCACCAAAGCGAAAGAGAAUGUUUUACUCCGCUGUGCAUGCAUUUGAUCAAUGGAAAAACUCUCAGAAAGCCACGGAAAGUAGAAGUAGUCACCAGAUUCGCCAACAAGACCGUGCUGAGAGGACAGAGUUUGCCUCUUCUGUGCAUGCAUCUGAUCAAUCGAAGAAGUCUCAGCAAGCUCAGGCAACUGGUCUUCAGUUUCCCAAGCAAGAACUUGCCGAGAGGACAGAGUUUGCCUCUUCUGUGGAUGCAUCUGAUCAAUCAAAGAAGUCUCAGCAAGCUCAGGCAACUAGUCUUCAGAUUCGCCAGCAAGAACUUGCGGAGAGGACGGAGUCUGCCUCCACUGUGCAUGCAUCUGAUCGUCUGAAAAAGUUUCGGAAAGAGCAGGCCAAAAUCGAUCGCAAGAACCCACAGGCAAGUCGUCCUCCUCAUCCUCCUUUGAAUCAAUCAUUCCUGACUAAAGAAAACCGGUUCCGGUUUGAUUUAUUCCGGCGAAAGGGAGUAGUUGAUCAGAGAUUAGUAGAUGUUGGGAGCUUUGCUGGUUUGGGAAUUGAACAGAUUCUCAAGGAUAGUCAUAUUUUAGGCACUGUGACUUCUCUUGAGCCGUAUGUUCUUGAAGUUGUCAUGGAGUUUUACGCAAACUUGCCAAGCAAGGAAGAGAUCACAAACAACAAGGUAUAUGUCAGAGGGAAGAUGUAUGAGUUCUCUCCUAAGCUCAUAAACUCUGUUUUGGACUUCCCUGUAAGAAGGAAAGAGACAUCUGUUGAUGAUGAUGUGGAUUUGAAUGUGAUUGCUGAAACGCUGAGUGGUGGCAGAGUAAAAGACUGGAAGAAGAUGAACAUUGUGGAUCUUACAACUACUCUAUCAGCGUUGCAUGUUAUCUACUGUGCUAAUUGGAUUCCGACAUCAAACACAUGCACUACUACUCUGACUAUGGAUCGUGCUAGGUUUCUUUACAAGCUUGUCAAGAAGAUACCUUUCGAUUUUGGAGAAUUGGUCUAUGAUCAGGUGAUUCGAUCGGGUCAGAUGGUUGAGUACUCUGAGUUCAGACCUGUUUUUGCUAACUUGAUCUAUCAGAUUCUGAGUUAUCAGCGAGAUGUUCCUUUAAACAAAGGAGAAUCUUUGAGCAAUCUUGCUAUGCCGAUAUGUAAUAACAUGCGAGUAAGCAGUGGCCUGCAUGUGUCUUUGUCUCUUCCCUCACCUUCUGGCACAAAGAGAAAGCAUGUGUCUUCGUCGUCUCUUCCCUCACCAUCUGGCCCAAAGAGCAAGAUUGUGUCUCUUCCUUCAACCUCAGGUCGAAACAAGAAUCUGAAAGCUUAUGUAGACAUGGCGAUAGCCUUUCUUGAAGUUGUUAAUGAAGAUCUUGAAGUUUUACCAAUGGAAGCAGGAGAUAUGUCUGAUGAUGAUGAUGAUGAUGAUGAUGAUGAUGAUGAUGAUGAUGAUGAUGCUGGAACAGAAUGA